AUGGCGAGGUUUGCGGUCGUGGCGUGCGCUGCCGCGGCGGCGGCGCUGCUGCUGGGCGUGGCGGCGGCGGACGUGGCGUCGAUCAUCACGCAGGACGUGUACAACCAAAUGCUGCCCAACCGCGACAACCCGCUCUGCCCCGCCAACGGCUUCUACACCUACGACGCCUUCAUCCAGGCCGCCAGCUCCUUCCCGGGGUUCGGCACCAGCGGCAGCACUGACGAGCUCAACAGGCGCGAGCUCGCCGCCUUCUUCGGCCAGACCUCCCACGAGACCACAGGUGGCACUAGAGGUGCUGCCGACCAGUUCCAGUGGGGUUACUGCUUCAAGGAGGAGAUCAGCAAGGCGACCAGUCCUCCCUACUAUGGACGGGGACCAAUUCAACUGACAGGGCAGGUGAACUACCAGCAAGCCGGGGACGCGAUAGGGCAGGACCUGGUGAGCAACCCGGACCUGGUCUCGUCGGACCCGGUGGUCUCCUUCAAGACGGCCAUCUGGUUCUGGAUGACGGCGCAGUCGCCCAAGCCGUCGUGCCACGACGUGAUCCUGGGGAACUGGGCGCCGUCGGACGCCGACGCGGCGGCGGGGCGGGUGCCCGGCUACGGCGCCAUCACCAACAUCAUCAACGGCGGGAUCGAGUGCGGCGUGGGGCCCAACGACGCUAACGUCGACCGCAUCGGGUACUACCAGCGCUACUGCGACAUGUUCGGCGUCGGCUACGGCGACAACCUCGACUGCUACUCCCAGCAGCACUUCUGA